AUGAGAGCACUCGUGGUCCUGGGGGCCACCCUGGCUGUGGCCUGCGCUGGAGUUCUCUUCCCUUUCAUCCUGAGAGGCAAGGACCUCCUUUGGGGGAAGACGGAGGACUCUCACGUUAUCCGAAUUUUGGAGGAGAGCAGGCUCGUGGUGGAUAACGCCAUCUACAACACAAUGAAAAGAAACCUCAACAAAAGGGAGAUCAUUUCUCCAUCGCAGCUGCUGUCUUUUUCCAAACUCCCUGAGCCAACAAGCCGAGCUGUUUCCCGGGCGGCCGAGAUAAUGGAAACAUCAGUGCAGGUGAUGAGAAGGAGAGGCUACUUGAACCUUAAGCAAGCACAGCCUCCAACAGAUGCUCUGUCAGAAGAUCUCCUGAACAUGAUUGCGAACAUGUCCGGAUGCCUGCCUCACAUGCUGCCCCCCAAGUGUCCGCGCACCUGCCUGGCAGACCGAUACAGGCUGAUCACUGGCGCGUGCAACAACAGAGACCAUCCCAGGUGGGGAGCCUCCAACACAGCCCUGGCGAGAUGGCUGCCUCCAGCCUAUGAAGACGGCAUCAGCGAGCCCAGAGGCUGGAACCCCCACUUCCUGUACAACGGGUUUCCACUGCCCUCGGUCCGGGAGGUGACCAGACAAGUCAUUCAAGUCUCCAACGAGGCCGUUACAGAGGACGACCAGUAUUCCGACCUCCUGACAGCGUGGGGCCAGUACAUCGACCACGACAUCGCCUUCACGCCCCAGAGCACCAGCAGAGCCGCCUUCCGGGGCGGCGCCGACUGCCAGCUGACAUGCGAGAGCCGAAGCCCCUGCUUCCCCAUAGAGCUCCCCGCCGCCGACGCCUCGCUGACCGCGGGCCCUGCCUGUCUGCCCUUCUACCGCUCCUCCGCCGCCUGCGGCACCGGCACCCAGGGCGCCCUCUUCGGCAACGUGUCCUCGGCACACCCGCGGCAGCAGAUGAACGGGCUGACCUCCUUCCUCGACGCGUCCACCGUGUACGGCAGCUCGGCGGCCUCGGAGAAGCUGCUGCGGAACUGGACCAGCGCCGAGGGGCUGCUGCGGGUCAACACGCGCCACCAGGACGCGGGCCGCGCGUACCUGCCCUUCGUGCCGCCGCCCGCGCCCUCGGCCUGCGCCCCCGAGCCCGGCGCCGACCCCGCGGCCCGUGCGCCCUGUUUCCUGGCCGGGGACGGCCGCGCCAGCGAGAUCCCCUCCCUGGCGGCCGUGCACACGCUGUGGCUGCGGGAGCACAACCGCCUGGCCGCGGCGCUCAAGGCCCUCAACGCGCACUGGAGCGCCGACACCGCCUACCAGGAGGCGCGCAAGAUCGUGGGCGCCCUGCACCAGAUCAUCACCAUGCGGGACUAUGUGCCCCGAAUCCUGGGCCCCGAGGCCUUCGGGCGGCUCGUGGGCCCCUACGAGGGCUACGACCCCGCUGUGGACCCCACGGUGUCCAACGUGUUCUCCACGGCCGCCUUCCGCUUCGGCCACGCUACGGUCCACCCGCUGGUGCGGCGGCUGGACGCGCGCUUCCAGGAGCACCCGGCGCUGCCCAGGCUGCCGCUGCAUGACGCCUUCUUCAGGCCCUGGCGGCUCCUCCGGGAAGGUGGCUUGGACCCCGUCGUGAGGGGCCUUCUCGCGAGACCAGCCAAGCUGCAGGUGCAGGACCAGCUGAUGAACCAGGAGCUGACCGAGAGGCUCUUCGUGCUGGCGAACUCGGGCACCCUGGAUCUGGCAUCCCUCAACCUGCAGAGGGGCCGGGACCAUGGCCUGCCAGGUUACAAUGAGUGGAGAGAAUUCUGCGGUUUGCCCCGGCUGGAGACCCGGGCCGACCUGAACACUGCCAUUGCCAACAGGAGUAUUGCCGACAGGAUAAUGGACUUGUACAAGCACCCCGACAACAUUGACGUCUGGCUGGGCGGCUUAGCCGAAAACUUCCUCCCAAAGGCUCGAACAGGCCCCCUGUUUGCAUGCAUCAUUGGAAAGCAAAUGAAGGCCCUGCGGGAUGGUGACCGGUUCUGGUGGGAGAACAGCCACGUGUUCACCGAGGCUCAGAGGCGCGAGCUGGCGCGCCACUCCCUGUCUCGGGUCAUCUGCGACAACACUGGCCUCACCCGCGUGCCCGCCGAAGCCUUCCAAGUCGGGACAUUCCCCCAGGACUUCGAGUCGUGCGAGGACAUCCCGGGCAUGGACCUGGCCGUGUGGAGGGAGGCCCUUCCUCAAGACAGCACGUGUGGCUCCCCAGAGGGAGUGGAGAACGGGGACUUCGUGCUCUGCGAGGAGUCUGGGAAACGUGUGCUGGUGUUUUCCUGUCGCCACGGAUUUGAGCUUCAAGGCCAAGAGCAGAUCACUUGCACCCCGCAAGGAUGGGAUUUCCAGCCCCCUGUGUGUAAAGACAUCAACGAGUGUGAAGACAUGAUGGACCCUCCCUGCCACCUGUCAGCCCGCUGCAAGAACACCAAGGGCAGCUUCCAGUGCGAGUGCACAGAUCCCUAUGUUCUGGGAGAAGAUGGAAGGACCUGCGUUGACUCUGGAAGGCUCCCGAAGGCAUCCUUGGUCUCCCUGGCCCUGGGUGCCCUGCUCGUCAGCUGCCUGGCAGGUCUCGCCUGGAUGGCCAUCUGCAGAUGGUAA